GCAAAAAUUAGAUAGAAAUAUAAAAAGUUGUAUAUAAAGCAGGUAGAAAGCAAAUCUGAAAAAUACAAAAAGUAUGAAAAUUUAUGGUGUACUUAUUUACAGAAUGGGGAGUUAAUAUUUAGUAUAGCUUUCAAAUAGAGGCAAUGGUUUACUUGUGUGAUUUCUAUGUUGUGUAAAGUGUUACAUUGUGGAAGUCUUAAACAUGUUCAUAAAUAAAAUUAUUUAGAUAAUCCAUAUUAUUUGAAAUUUGAAAAAGAAUGGGUGAUUUAAUUGAUGAAGAAAAGUGGUUUUCUUUUGAUGAAACAUAUCUACGAAAAAAGAAAUAUGCAUCCUCUUUGAAUGGAGAUGUAGCAUCACCUAAUCAUUCAACAGCUAUGCCUUCUCCUAAAUCCACAUCAAAUGAGGAACAUCAUGUUGAAAUAUCAGAUUUAAUAAGUAAUAAACGACUACCUGUUAUACGUCUUUUGGAAAUAAAUAAAAGAAAAGCUGAAGUAAUUGACAGUAUGCCUGGUCCUAUUGAAAGAGAGCGUAGUAAGACUUUGCCGAAAAAUUAUUCAAGACAUGGAAAUAGCAACUAUAACUUAGUUACCUCCUCUGGAAGUUUAUCACGAAAGGGACCACCAAACAAAGCACCUGACUGGUACAAACAGAUGUAUAAAGAAAUUAACACUAGUAUUGAAGGUGAAUCACAUUUAUAUAAAUUGCUUAAAUUUGAUGCCAAAAGUGCAUCUUCUGUUGGAGCUCACAGUCCUCGAAGUAUUUCUCCAGAAGAUAUGUGUAACUCUCCAACAGUUGAAGAUGCUCCAAGAAGGUUAGGCAGCGGCAGAAUAAAUAAUCAACGUCGCAAGUCUUUACCAAAUAUUCAUGCAGCCAACUUUAUUGCAUCUGAAGCUGAGAAAAAAGGUAUGACAAUUGAAAACUCAUUUAAAGAAACAACAAAACAGAAUGUGAUUUAUCCUAAUGAUUUUAAUAAAGAAGAAAUAGAACAACUUAAAAACAAAGAAAAAAUACUAGAGCAAGAAAUGCUACAAGAAAAGCAUGAAAAAGAACGUCUUCAAGAAGAAGAAGAGAAACUCCACAACCAAAAAAACCUAGACAGGUUACUUGCUCAAGCUGAAGAAAAAAAUCAAAAAGAAUUGGAAUUAGAAGUUCAACGAAUUAAAGAAGAGCGUAAUAAACUAGAAUAUGAAAGAUUAAUGGAAGAAGAAAAAAAACAACUUGCAGAGGAAGAAAGAUUGAAGUUGCCAUCUCAGUUUGUACAAGCUAAAUAUUCAUUUAAUCCAGAGGGACCAGGAGAGCUCAUGUUUAAAAAAACUGAUAUCAUUCAUCUAUUGCGUCGAAUUGAUGAAAACUGGUUAGAAGGAGAGUUAAAUGGUUGUGUGGGAAUAUUUCCUGUUUCCUAUGUUGAGUUUUUAUUACCUGGUACUUUGAAUGUCAAUGAAAUAAAGGAUUCUUCUCAAGAUUUUCUACCAGUAAAAAAUAAAGAAAUAAAGAAUUCCUCACAAGAUUCUCUGCUAAUGAAAAAUAAAAAUAGUAUUCUACCAAUAAAUGAUACAAUUAAUGCCUCAUCAGAUGAAGAAGUAAAGACCAAAAAGCAGCCUACAACAAAACAAUUAGUUAAAGAAGACACUUUUAUUCCCUUAUCAACUUCAAAUGAGGAGGAAUCAGCUAUUGAUUGUGUUGAAGAUUUUACUGAAACUGAACAUGAACUUCCAUUAAUAAAACAAAAAAAUAAUAUAGUGGAUAUGACAAUAAAUACAAAACAUAAUCGAUAUCCAUAUUGCAUUGUUUGGACACCAAUACCAGUGUUAACAUGGUUUUUUCCCUUUAUUGGGCACAUGGGUAUUGCUUAUUCUUCUGGUGUAAUUAGAGACUUUUCAGCUUCAUAUUAUGUUUCAGAAGAUGAAUUUGGUUUCGGAAAUCCAACAAAAUAUUUACAAUUUAAUCCAUCAAAAGUAACUAAGGACAAUUGGGAUGAUGCAGUUAUGUCUGCAUCAGAAGAAUACACACAUCGUAGGCAUAAUCUAUACCAUGAUAAUUGUCAUUCUCAUGUCGCUAUGUCACUAAAUUUGAUGGGAUAUAAUGGAAAAACAUCAUGGAAUAAUGUCAAUCUUGCUUUACAAAUGUUCGCUUACGGAAAACAUACAUCUACUUUUGGUUUUAUAAAAUCUUGGUUGCCAUUUUUAAUUAUACUCUUAAUAAUAAUGGCGAUUAUUAUAACAACUUCCGCUUUACUAUGAAUGUGCAAAUUUUACU